AGUGGGUUCAGUUCAAAGUUGUUGAUUCUAAGUCAGAAACAGCACAAUGGAAGGCACAGUGAAGGAAAGCUGUUCAUUCCGUGGCAGCUAGGAAGGAGAGGAGAAGAAAGGUAGGAGACUCGACCAGAGGCCGAAGACGGGAUCUGACAAGAUGGCCGGGCUGCCCCACAGGAUCAUCAAGGAAACUCAGCGUUUGGGGGCAGAACCAGUUCCUGGCAUUAAAGCGGAACCAGAUGAGAGCAACUCCCGCUAUUUUCAUGUGGUCAUUGCUGGGCCCCAGGAUUCCCCCUUUCAGGGAGGGACUUUUAAACUUGAACUAUUUCUUCCAGAAAAAUACCCAAUGGUAGCACCUAAAAUACGUUUCAUGACCAAAAUUUAUCAUCCAAACGUGGACAAGUUGGGAAGAAUAUGUUUAGAUAUUUUGAAAGAUAAAUGGUCCCCAGCACUGCAGAUCCGCACAGUUCUGCUCUCGAUCCAGGCUUUAUUAAGUGCUCCUAAUCCAGAUGACCCAUUAGCAAACGAUAUAGCGGAGCAGUGGAAGACCAAUGAAGCCCAAGCCAUAGAAACAGCUAGAGCAUGGACUAGGCUAUAUGCCAUGAAUAAUAUUUAAGUCGAUCCAAUCAUCAAGUUUGUGUCACUUCUCCUGUUUUGCCAAGACUUCUUCCUUUUUUGUUUGCAGUUAAUGGACACGGUCUUAGAAACAUUGCAGAAUAAAAGCCCAGACAUUUUCAGUUCUUUGGUGAUUAAAUGCACCUUAGAAAAUC